UGACCCGACCUGGCAGAUGCCGUCUCUUUCGUGCCAUAUCUGUAAAUCCAGCUGGCGGUGGUGUUGUAUUUUUGUUGAUAGCAAGUGAAAAAAAGACCUGUGUUUACGGACUUUGCUUUGUCCCUAGCCAUGGAGGAAGUGACGCCAAGAUCUAACGAACACUGGAAGCGGGCUUAUCUUGGACCGCUGCCGGAUGAGUUUUUGCGUGUUACGACAGCGCAAGACAUUCAGGAGGUAUCGGACAGGCAGGCCGCACUGGCCCUUCAAAGUUACCACAAUACGUACACGCCCCAUAUGGCUCCGAACUUUGUCGGACGCCUGAGCAUCACCAUCGCGCAGGCGAAGCUGGUGAAAAACUACGGCAUUACCCGGAUGGAUCCGUACGUGCGUCUGCGGGUGGGCCACUUUGUGUACGAAACGCAGACGGCACCGAACGGUGGUCGCAAUCCACGCUGGAAUCGGGUCAUACACUGUCAGCUGCCGGCCGGCGUCGACACGAUUGCGCUCGAGAUCUACGACGAGUGUAACUUUUCGAUGGACGAGUUGAUUGCCUGGGCCGAAAUUCGUAUCCCCCAGUCGGUGCUGAGGGGCGAAACGCACGAAGACUGGUAUCCGCUGAGCGGUAAGCAGGGCGAAGGGCUGGAAGGUAGCCUCGACAUGGUGAUGAGCUUUAAUAACAUGGUCGUCCAACCGCGCAUGAUACAGACCAAUGCACCGGUCGUGUUGGUACCGAAUGUGGCCACCGGUACCCCGAUGCCUGUGUUCGUGGCACCGAACCAGCCGCAGGUAGCCCGACCACCGCCUCCAGUGCUGACGGACGACGAUCUGACGCGCAUACACGAGAUGUUCCCGCAGGUCGACAAGGAAGUGAUUAAAUCGGUCGCCGUGGCCAACAAUCAAGACCGCGAUGCAGUGAUUAAUGCCCUGCUGCAGAUGAGUAGCUAGAUUGCUCGGAACGCUUGGAGUUUGGAGGAAUAUGAUGGUGCGCUUAUUAUCGGGCAGGAGGCAUUUUCAGUGGCGCCGCGUGAGCAUGUUUAUUGAACCUUCCAAUAUAUUUUUGUUGUUUAUGUUAAUAUUUACGAGCGCUUCUAACUGUAUUUAAUAAAUUUACGCUAGACUUACACCUUCCAA